UCCGUUCGGUCAUUCAUAGUAUUCUGUAUCGUUCUUGCUUCUCUUCGGUCUGCCGCUUCGUCUUUAACGCGUGUUUCGUUGACAGUUUUCCGAAGAAAAAUUCAAUUUUCCCUGUGAAAGAUUCACGGUGCGACGUCUGAUCGUGGGACCAACUGUGACUCUGCCAAACUGCACUUCAUCGUCGAAAAAAGGCCAUCCCUGAAUCAUCAUUCCGACGCUCAACCACCGAAUGCCAGACGGAUUCGUGAAGCACCGCCAUCAACUCCAGCCUAUCUCCGUGGACGUUACCUCCCUGCAGUCUGUCGUCCACCGUCGAAAAUGAGUGUUUCCUAAGGAAAAAAUCGCCGGCAAUCAGAUGUUGAGCACAGUGACGGUGUAACAACACGUAUCGGCGUCACGAGAUAACGACAUCUCGAGGCAGAUAGCUCGCGGUGCAAGGCGAAUCGAAGAUCGGACGAGCCUCUUAAUGGGCAUUCCGCGGAUCCUGGUUGGAUUUAGCCGGCUGGUUCUCCACGAGGGAAACAGGAUUCGAGAGGAGCCUUGAGAUCCCAGCCCGAGAGGACUCUAUGGGAGCUCGAGGGUGGCGUACAUCGGCGAAUGACCUGCUGCUAAGCGAUAAUCCUCGUCUCCGUCUGUCUGCUAGCUCCGACGGAUGAAAAUGAUCGACUGACUGCUCCCGGGGAUAUGUAACUUGAUCAUCUCGAACGGGAUCAGCCUUAACUAGCCGUGGAUAUUGAAUAAUAAAUGUGCGCAACAGGCAGGGGAGACAUGUCGCGGAUAUCGAAUCGCGUGUCGACUAUUGCUGCCGUACUCAGCAUAUUGCUGCUGGUUGUGUUUCUUGUGGUUCUCUGGACGAGUAUAUGCAGCAGCAACAGAGCUUCCGGUAUCGAGGGGCUACAGGGAUUCUGGAAGGAGGUGCAGAAUCAGAGUGCCGAUGGGUAUGAUGCGUUCGAGGACAGCUUCGACAAUGAAGUGACACCUAAGGUGAAGAAGACUUCAGAGAAGCAGGAUGAACUCGCGAAAGAGAAAUCCUCCAAACAACCAGAUUUGGAAUAUGUCAAUUUAAUGAAGAUCAGCGAAAAUCAGUAUGAGGAUUCACCCGAGAAAUUUUCAACGGCUAUAAGGCAUCACAGUGGCCAUUUUCGUCAUGCCACAGCCGAGAUAUGGGAUCCUCACCCUCAGUACGAGUUCACCGCCUUCGGAAGACGCUUUCGUUUACGCCUCGCUCAUGAUUCCAGCUUUGUAUCACCGAAUAUCAGAGUACGUACAGUCAAUGACAAAUUUACCUUUCCUGUGCAGAUAACCCACAUAAAAGAGAAUAGCACCACAAAAGUACACCCAGGCCAUCAAAUUGGUUGCUUUUAUAGUGGAACCGUGGACGAUGAUCCAAAUUCAGUGGUCAGUGUCAGUCUUUGCCAUGGAAUGACGGGCCACGUGAGAACGUCGACGGGAAGCUACAUGAUUAAGCCGGUCGAGCAGUGGCAAGAGAGUGACAAGGACCCUCUCGAAUUUUCGCUGCAACACGCCAUCGAAAGGAUACGAUCGUCGUCCAACACAGACGUUAAUCACACGAACGAUAUUAACCAGCCUAGAACACACAGUUGCGCGGUGAUUGAUGACGAUACACCAACGUCCAUUUUGGAUGACACGAACGGAAGUCAAAUUUAUGACGGCGUCCAAACGCGCAGGCGCAGAUCUUUGACAGAGAAAACGGCACUGGAUCAUUUAGCAGACGACGAAUCGUAUGAACAAUUUAUGGAACAUCAGGAAGAUUAUGAACACUUUUUGCGAAACGAUAGAUACUACUCGGUGGAAAGGAGACGAAACGAAGCAAGUGAGGAGUAUAAUCAAGACUCGGAAAUGGAAUCGGAUCCGUUCGUGACUUGGAGAGCACGUAGAGCUCUGCCACGUGAAUAUUUCAUCGAGAUCAUGGUGGCGGCCGACGCCGCGAUGGCAAAGUACCAUGGCGACUAUCUCGUCAACUACAUUUUGGUGCUGAUGAGCAUGGUUUCGCGAAUAUACAAGGAUCCGUCCAUUGGCAAUCCAAUAAAUAUUUCGGUGAUGAAGAUCCAGGUGACUAAUCAACGAUUCGCUGCCAGACACGUUGUCAGCGAAGGAAUUGCAGCGGCUGAUAUGUUGGAAAGGUUCUGUCAUUGGCAGAAGAACAACAAUCCUGAUGAACCAGCGCCAGAACAUCACGAUGUUGCUCUCCUUUUAACAAGGGAAAAUCUGUGCCAUAAUCACGACGAGAAAAGCUGCGACACUUUGGGUCUGGCUAAGCUGGGUCGUAUGUGUUCUCCAGUGUCCUCGUGUGCCAUUGUUCAAGACAAUGGUCUUGCUGCUGCCUUUACAAUCGCUCAUGAAAUUGGUCACGUAUUCAACAUGCCCCAUGACGACGACAUUAAGUGCGAAGGUUUCCAUAAUCAUUCAGGCUUUCAUAACAUAAUGUCUAGAAUGCUGGAUGACAAAACCUUCCCUUGGGAAUGGUCAAAAUGUUCCAGACACUACGUCACCGAAUUCCUCGAGGCCGGCUACGGUAACUGCCUGCUGGACGAGCCGUCCCCAAGCAUGAUAUGGAAACAGGAGGACGUGAGCAGACUUCCUGGCGAGGACUACUCCGGCAACAAGCAAUGCGAACUCGUGUUCGGACGCGGGUCCAGGAUUUGCCCUGACAUGGCAGUGUGCAAGAGAUUAUGGUGCCACAUACCGCACAGUCUGAAGCGAUGUCACACGCAGCACAUGCCAUGGGCUGAUGGGACCGUGUGCGGUGAAAACAAAUGGUGUCAUCGAGGCAAAUGCGUGUCCCGUAGAAAUCUGGAACCGGUGGAUGGCCAAUGGGGCGAAUGGGGACGAUAUGGAGAAUGCUCGCGUACAUGCGGUGGCGGUGUCAAGAAGAAAUAUCGCGAAUGCAACAAUCCACCUCCGCAGAACGGUGGCAAUUACUGUGUCGGGGAACGCGUUAAGUAUCGCAGCUGCGCCACCAGGGAGUGUCCGCCGGGAAGUCUUGAUUUCAGGGAGCAGCAGUGCUCGCAAUUCGACAACAACAACCUGAACAUACAGAAUAUGACCAAAGACGUGAAAUGGCGCGCGAAGUACUCAAAAAUAUUGCCCCAGGACCGUUGCAGAUUAUACUGUCAAGUGGAGAGCAAUCAGUAUUACAUGCUUCGGAACAAGGUGAUCGACGGAACACCAUGCGGACGGGACACCUUUCACAUAUGCGUGAACGGCAACUGUAAAGCAGCGGGAUGCGAUCAUGUUCUGAACUCGACCGCAGAACUGGACAUUUGCGGAGUCUGUAGGGGUGACAAUUCCACCUGCCAGAAGAUCACGGGAUCCUAUAAUUCCACGCAAUAUGGAUACACCAGGGUGACCAAGAUACCCGCUGGAAGCAAGAAUAUUGAUAUCAGGCAGCAUGGCUGGCUGGGGAUGCGUGACGACAACAAUUAUCUGGCUCUACGUCUCGGAGAAGGUGGUAAAUAUAUACUGAAUGGUAACUUCAUGGUCAUGCACCAGAAGGUAAUUGUUCAAACUGGAGUCACUAUCGAGUACAGUGGACCUGAAACAGCGGUUGAACGUCUGAAUGCAUCUAAAUCAAUCGACACUGACCUCAUUCUGGAAGUAUUAUCAGUGUCCAACUUGUACCCGCCCCAAAUAACGUAUGAGUAUAUGGUACCCAAGCAUAUUUUGCAUAGCUACGCUUGGAUCCUUAGUGACUGGUCUGAAUGCAGCUACAUAUGUCAAGGAAUGAAGUAUCGGAAAGCAGAAUGCAGAAGUACUGAGAACAAAGAUGUAGUUCCUGAUGACUAUUGUUACCAUACAGAGAAACCACGGGAAGAAAGUCAGCUGUGCAAUAAUCACUGUACUUUGAAAUGGGAAGUCACAUCAGUCUCUGAGUGUUCCAGCCAUUGUGGUCCAGGAACCCGCACAGUCACCUCCAGGUGCCUCCAGAAACUCUUGAACUCGGAUCAUAUGCCUCGUCCAAUACCAGCACGAGCCUGUGCUCAUCUCCCGCGACCCAGCGAGGAAGAAUCUUGCAUGGGACCCUGUGAAAAUGUCCAUUGGAGUUAUGGGGAAUGGAGCAGUUGCAGUGUUACGUGUGGUGCUGGUGUUCAGUAUAGAACAGCUGUUUGCGUAGAUUCAAAUUGGAGACCAUUCCCUGAUGAAAACUGUGCAAGGCAAGAAAAACAUGUAAAGAGGAUAUGUGAACAAAGUGUGUGUCCCAAGUGGGAUCUAGGAAAAUGGAACCCGUGUUCUGUGACCUGUGGUGUGGGCAAGCGACACAGAAAUUACUUGUGCCAUAUAGAGAACCGUAUUGUAGACUCCAGUAUGUGUGGUGACUUACCUCCUGGUGUAGUUGAAGUCUGCAAUGAGAGACCUUGCGAACACUGGCAGGCUGGUGAUUGGAGUCCAUGUUCUGUCACUUGUGGCGAAGGUAUCAAACGAAGAAAAGUUGUUUGUCAAAGUGCUGAGGGAUCUGUUAGUAAUAAAUGUUCCCCCUCUGAUAAACCUGAAGACACUACCACUUGUGUACUGAAACCCUGCCCAGCAGUGAUAAAUGUACCACCAAUUAAAUAUUCUUCUGAUCCACCACAUGAAGUUCAUUCACAACAAGACAAUGAAGUUUAUGACAUAACUUUCCGUUCUGGAUAUAAAUGGCAAGUUCGAUCACAGAAAGAGUGUUCCAGACCAUGUAUUGGAGGUUUCAUGCAUACAGCAGUGACGUGCAAUUCCAUUGAAACUGGAACUAUUGCUCCAGAUCAUUAUUGUGACAGGAAGAACAAACCAUCAACCAUGAUCCCUUGCAAUCGCCAUCAUUGUCCAAUGUGGAAUACUGGUGACUGGAGUCAGUGCAACGGAGAAUGUGGUACGGGUUUCCAACAUCGACAAGUUCGUUGCCGCAGUCCACAGGGUGAGAUAUUACCUGACGACAGAUGCCACGACAGCGAGAAACCGGAAAUAGUGAAGGUGUGCCGGAAGAAUCCUUGCACGACUGGUCCUGGAAAUCGGAAGACUGGAUUAGAUACAAACAUUUUCCGCAAAUGGAAAGUGUCUAAUUGGACCUCUUGCUCAAAAUCGUGCGGUAGCGGACUGCAGAGGCGGAGAGUCGAGUGCACGAUGAGGAGGGGAAAUCAUGGACCGGAAGUGACUGUUAAGGAUGAGCAGUGCUCGAGACUUGGCUUGUCCAAGCCAAGAUCGCAGAGGCCCUGCAGACGAGUCGCCUGUGACUAUAUUUGGCAGGAAGGACCUUGGUCCGAGUGUUCGGCAGAAUGUGGCGAAGGAAUUCAACGACGAACCGUGACCUGCCAUCGAACCAAUCGAUUCGGAGUUACCGAUCCAACACCCGCAUCUAACUGCCCCAUAAAUCAAAAACCGUCUAGUGAACAGAUUUGCAAAUUGAGAGAAUGCGACGACAAGUAUUCUUGGACUGCUGGACCGUGGAAGAAGUGUAGCCACACUUGCGGUCAAAAAGGACGACAAGUUCGAAGGUUGUUCUGCCACGAUCGCUCAGGCAAGAGAGUGCCUCAUGUGAAGUGUCCUAAGGAGUUUAAACCGCAACGAAGGAGAAAAUGUAAUCAACGAAAGUGUUACCCGAUGUCCUGCCUCGAAGCUAAGAAGUAUUAUAGGACGAUUAAAAACAGCGAGUACAUGUUGGUCGUUGGUGGAAGAAGCAUGUCAAUCUAUUGCCAUGAAAUGUCAACGUCGGAACCGAAAGAGUAUUUGACUUUGCCAGCUGGGUCGUCGGAAAAUUAUGCAGAGGUGUACGACAAGAGAUUGAGGAACCCUCACACUUGCCCAUACAGUGGACAAAGAAACGACAGCUGCGACUGUGAAACCAUUAUUGGCAGCGUAUCUGGAAAAACAACGUUCAGAAGGAUACGAAUCGACCCCGUUAAACUUUAUAUUCAAGAAAAUGAUUACACGUUCUCGUGGACGAAUGGUGCGAAACGCAUAAAGUACGGCACAGCUGGUGAUUGCUAUAGCCUGGCACACUGUCCUCAAGGUCGUUUUAGUAUUAACUUAAGAGGAACUCAAUUAAGAGUGUCGUCGGAUGUUGUCUGGACCGGAUCGGACGGAUCGUCGGUGCAAGUUGAUAAUAUUCGCGGUCAACAUAUCACCGGAAAAUGUGGUGGCUUCUGUGGCUUUUGUAGCCCGAAAGACGGAUUGAAACUAGACGUUCUACCACCCUAGUCCUUAAUUUGGAAAGCUCAAUAAUCUCUAAGUGCCUGUAGAGUACAGCUUUCAUCAGGUAGAAUUUCCACAAAUGGACUCGAGCAAAAGACUGGUUCGAGGAACACAAGAUGAAAUCGACCACCUGUUACUGGAACCGAUUCCAUCAUUUCGUGGUUCAAAUCAUUCGUUUAAAACGUUACUAGUCUGCGUAAUUAUUUCUUAACAGCGAAUCGUUCGCGCGAAAAAAGGAAAAUCAUCGAACGAUUCGCGAUCGAACGUUCGACUUCGGAACGGACUCAAGAAACGCGAAGAAGCACUGACGAUCUACCUAAAGGGUAAAGAAUAAAUAAUUAACGAUCAUAAUACGCAUAUAAAUAUACCAUUCGACGAUCAGCAUUUAAGUUUCAAUAGUGUCGUAUUGAAAAUGUAAAUGCUCAUCGAACUUUUAUUCUGCGUUCAAAAGUAACCUGGUAAAUUAUAGGUUUUCGAAUUGAAUAUAAUCGAACAUAGUGAAACGAAAACGUCGUUUACAGUUUCGAUUCUGAAAUAUAAAUAUAGAAUUUAAACGAUAUUUUAAAUGUCCAGUUUCGUAAGAAAUCUAUUUUUCAAGAUGGCGGGCCUUUAAUAGUAAAAGGAAAUAUUGUUACAAAUUUUUAUUUCUCUUUGUACUUGUAACAUUCUGCAGAUUUUUUUUAUACAAUGAGCAUGAAUUAAUCGUUUGCCAACAUAUCAAUAAGACUCAUUUUAUACAAAAUUAUUCAUAAAGUCAUUUGUCUUGAAAUGAUUGGAAAUAAUCUCAGUGAAACUGGAUAACGAUUUGUAACAAUUUUUAACGAUAGUAAAUGAUUUUACUAUGGCGAACCGCAGUUAAAAAGCAAUUAGAUACACCUAUGGUUGUAUACUACUUUAAAUAAAAUUUAAUUUGCCAUACAUGUAGCUGUAGCGAAUAUAACUUGUUUAAUUAACAAAUUGUAGUGGCUAUUUACCGAACGGCUAUUUUACUGUAAGUAAAAUAAUUGUAUUUAUAAAAAUUUCAGUUAGAAAUAGGUAGUCAUCAAUCGUGCCGAUUUCUUUGUUAACUGCGAUUUUUAAUAUCAAACGACUAUAGUUAUUUUUUAGAAUUAAAACAAUAUUGUUUGACGACGAAUAGUAUUUUAAUAGCGAAAGGGUUAACGAACGAAAGAAUUGGGAUCACAAAUCGACAAUAAAACAAGAGUUUCACGUCUUCCCAAGAAGAUACAUAUUUUAAUCUAGUUAAGAGUUCCAUUUAGGUGUAUAAGUAACUUAAUGUCCGGUAAGAAUUGCAGUAUUCGUAUUGUUUAUACUCGUCGAAACAUCAUGACUGCCUAAAAUUAAUUCAUCGAUGAAAAAGAGUUAUAAAUGAGGAACGUCCGCGUUGGCAUGCGACUUAAGUACAAAUUGAAAAAUGACGAGCGGUUAAAUGGCAGCAAAUUUUGUUUACAAAUUUUUUUGUUAACAAGUUCUCCAUUUUUAUUAAUAUAGAUUUGUUAAUAAAUAUGAAUUUUUAUAUAAGCGCACUUCACAUUUAGAAAUCCGAAGAUUUCGAGUUUUGAAGAUGCAACUUGAGAAUUUGUCAAUUUAGAAAUUUUAGAAUAUCAGAAUUUAUGAUGAUUAUAAUUAUAAUAUAAAGCAAAGUAGGGAUCAGAUAAAGAACUUUGACCGCUCAGCUUUUUAAUUAAAUCUCUCAAGUGUCACAUAAAUAUGCAUAUGUACUUAACAUAUGUGUAACAAUUACCAAAUGCGUACGUUCUGCCACUGCCAUAUUUUCAUGCCUUUAUAAUCUAUAUACAUACACGUUUUCAACACGCGCUAAUAUACAUAUACGAUUUCCCACAUGUAGAAAGUUCAUUGUAUGUACAUUGAAAAAUAUAGAACCUUCUUUGAUAUAAACUCGAAGGUUUUGAUUGAAUUAGAUUUAAGGAAGAACAAGAAACGCAGAAAUAGAAAAUGAAACGAUAGGAAACCAUGAUAACGUGUCUUAUAAGUUGGCAUACGAACCAUUCUCGUUGUUUCAACUUAUCAGACGCAGUACAUAUUUUCAUGGUAGUAAAUAGUAAACGUUAGGGAAGAUACAAUUUAUUAUGCUAGACGAAAAAUUUGAUCUACUGGUGUAGCGAAAGUAAUUAACUUAUUGAUCCGUGUAAAAUGGAUCUCCAGGGUUAGCUAUGCUCGAUUUUAUAGAAAUACAGGGUGCAACAAAACUAUUUAAAGUAUUAGUCUUCGAAAAAAAUACUUGUGUGCUCGAUAUUCAAGUAUUUCGAAAUUUUAAAAUUUAGGAAUUUUGUUUAAAAUAUUUAGCAUUAAAAUCCCAAAAGUUUGCCGCAUCCUGUAUACAGAGUUAUAAAACGGUACAAGCGAAAAUAAUGAUUCUUGACUCGAGAGGUUUGAAAACUUAUUUUUUCUAUCGUAAGCUAAAAUAAUAAGUUCCGUGUGUUGAACCGAUACUGUAUCGCAUGUACACCGAUAUUUUAUAAGAAACAGACAGUUUGCGUUCGAAAAGAAGAAAGCAAAAUGGUCUCGUACCGGCGUCCGAAACACCAAAACGAUGAUCGAGUACAAAUUUUGUCGCGUUCAAACGAGCAAUCUGUAGGCUAUUAUUUUCUCUUUUUGUAUUUGCAAUGAGAAUUUGACCGAGGUUAGCUAACUAGAAGUAUAUACAUUUCAACAGACUGCCAUAGUUAAUGUUAUUAUCGAGUACAUGUAUGUAUAUGUUAAUAAUCGUUUUGAUAGAUAAUAACGAAUGAUUUUAGUGAGAUAGGAUGAUGUUUCUAAAAAUUGGAACGAGUUACAAUAAAGAAAGAAAAUUACAUGUACAACUGUGCUGAGAAUUUUCACAUAUUUUUUUUAAUAUCAAAUGCAAAUAGUAUAAACAGCUGACACUGUCAGUAAUAUUAAAAUAUUACUGCAAUUUAAUAUCUUCUAGCAUAAGCCAAAUUGUUUCUCUUUCUGUCUAUUGAUCAUUUGUAAUGUAAUAUAUUUUAAUACAAAUUGUUUUCUUUUUGAUAUCACUUAGUAUUAUUACAAAUUUAAAUAACAAGCACUUAUAUGCAAAGUGUACAUAUAAAACAUAAUCACGCUUUAUUUCUUUAUUAAAUGGAACACACUUUAACAUAAAUCAAAUACGAAGUACAGCUGAUAAAAAGUACUAAGUACUUCAAGAAAUAUUUCAUACUAUUGUCUUUAAAACUAAUUUGAAAUAUAUCUUACAGACACAUUUCAUAAGUACUUAAUUACUAAUACUUAUAAUAAAAAUGAUUAUAUGACGGAAUUGGCAACUGAUUAAAAGAAACAGGAGUAUGUAAAAUAUUUUUUCUUUUUUAUUCUUAGUUAACCCCUGGACGGCGGACAGUUUGAAUUUAAGUUAAAACUUUUUCGACUUUCAUUUAUCUAGUGCUAAAUUAUGUUUCUAGUAUAUGGAAGUACUUCUUUCAACAACACCAUUGCGUGAAAGUUUCCAUAGAUCUGAGUUACAGACCUGGCUCCGCGGUUCGAGGGUUAAAAGCUAACUCGAAACCAAUUUCUAGUAUCAUCUUGUACAGCAAUACAUAGAAAUCGAACUACGUUUUAGAAGGGUUUUUUGUAGUAAUUUUUGUACAGCCGUAUGAUCAAAAUUUUUACAUUUAUUACAUUGGCGCAAACCAUGCAAAUUAAAUUUAAUGAUACGUUUCAUCGUGUUUGCAAAGAAUAUUAAGCAGAAAAGGAAAAGUGAAUUAUGAGAUUUAUCAAUAAUAUGCUGCCCUUUUUAUCGCUCAUGACAGCGUUAGUAAAACAUACCUUGCUGCGUAAUGUGAAUAUAUCUUGUUUUUUAUAUAUAUAUUAAUA